GAACGUUACAUCACGCGGCUCAUGACGCUCGUCUUCCGGCUUCCUUCAGCCGUGUCUUUAAGUCACUCUUGUUGGUGGAGAGCGACGAGACCCGCUCCUCUGUCCGACACGCCUCGGAGCUUCAGUUACAGUGGACAGAAGAGAGCGGCGCAAAAGAGCUCCCUCUCUCUCUCUCUCUCUCUCUCUCUCUCUCUCUCGCUCUCUCUCUCUCUGUCUCUCUUCCUCUAACUCUCUCUGUCUCUGUCACUUCUCCGACACGCUCGCUGCUUCAACCUCGGCUCUGUGAUACUGCGCUGUUCCGCGGUGCGCCAACGAGCCCCGCAGUUUCUCCGUUACCGGUGGAAAAGAGUGCGCUUUCUCUCGUUUACGGAGUGGCAGAGAGCUGGUGUUGUGGUCAGUGAGAGGUCGUCUGGGAGAUGGCCCAGUGCUAGCGCUCGGCAUGCCUGAGCAGCCCGGCGAGUCUCCGCUGAACCGCCAGACUAAACGCAGACGAGUGGACAUUGGGGUCAAGAGGACCGUGGGUAGCUCCGCCUCCAGCUCUGCCCCUGUGGCCGCCCCGCCCACCCCCUCUGACAUCAUCAGCGCCACCACGCGCCACGCCCCUUCUGACAUCAUCAGCAGUGCCACCACACGCCACGCCCCCUCUGACAUCAUCAGCGCCACCACGGCCGCCAACAUCCUCGGCGCCGGCUCCGCCAUCAUGAGCCACGGGCCCGAGCACCAGGACCUACUGGACUGCCCGCUGAGCGGGCCGCUGGCGUCCGACGGCAACGGCGGCGGCGAGGUCAAGUCCAACGUGCUCCGCAAGCUGCUGAAGCGGGCCAACUCGUACGAGGACGCCAUGAUGCCCUUCGCCGGCGCCACCAUCAUCUCCCAGCUGCUCAAGAGCAACAUGGCCAAGGGCCCUCAUCCCGCCAGCGACAUCGGCUCGGACAUCGCCGCCCUGCAGGACGACGCGUGCAGUGACCCGUCCUCCUCACGCGGCGACAGCCCCCACGAGCGCCUGUCCCCCUUCGGCCGCCCCCCCGCACUGACCGGCGCCGGACCGGGCGCCCUGGAGACCGAGCGUCUGAGCGACGAACACCUGCGUGCCAAGCGUGCCCGCGUGGAGAACAUCAUCCGCGGCAUGAGCCACUCGCCGAGCGUUCCCCUGCCCACCUCCUCCUCCUCCUCCUCCUCCUCCUCGUCCGGCGCCCGCAACGGCGAGCGCGAGCGUGAGCACGAGAGAGAGCGCAACGGGGACGUGGAGGGUCCGGCGGAGGCAGACAUGUCCAGCGUGCCGCAGCCGUCUAGCCCGCGGGAGAGUUACCGGGAGAACAAGCGCAAGCAGAAGCUUCCGCAGCAGCAGCAGACACAGACACAGACACAGACACAGGGCUUCCAGCAGGGGGAGUGUGUGCGCUCUGACCAGCGGGGGGAGUGUGUGCGCUCUGACCAGCGGGGGGAGUGUGUGCGCUCUGACCAGCGGGGGGAGUGUGUGCGCUCUGACCAGCGGGGGGAGUGUGUGCGUGCUGACCAGCGGAUGGAGGAGCGUCGGCAGCUCAAACUGCAGCUGGAGGACAUGCAGAAACAGCUGCGCCAGCUGCAGGAGAAGUUCUUCCAGAUGUACGACAGCACCGACUCCGAGGGCCACGACCCCGACAACGACCCCGACAACGACCCCGGCAACGACCCCGGCAACCUGUCCGAGGACAGCGGAGGCGGCGGCGCUCGCUCUGACGGCGGACUGGACGACUCGGCCGCUGACCGCUCCGACAACGACAUGUCCGACCUGGACCCGGGUCACUUUCUGGACAGGGCGAGGGCUCUGCUGCGUGGUCAGGCGCUACUGGACCGCGCCAAGCCCAGGCGAGAGACGCCGCCGGCGUCCGGCAAGGGGCCCGUGGGGUCCAUCAUGCACGCGGAGGGCAAGCAGCUGGCCGAGACGCUGAAGCAGGAGCUGAACUCCGCCAUGUCCCAGGUGGUGGACACGGUGGUCAAGGUGUUCGCCAAGCCUCCGGGCGGGCCACGCACACACACGCACGCGCACGCACGCACACACACGCACGGCCAGCCCCUCUACCCGCCCCUCCAUGCCCCCCCUGACCGCUUCUCCGUCAACGGAGCGGACGCCCACCCCAACCUGCACACGGCCAACGCGCGGCUGCAGUGCUUCGGCGACGUCAUCAUCCCGAGCCCGCUGGAGUCCUUCGGCGGCGUGCCGCUGCCCGGUGCCAAUGACCAGACGGAGGCCAUCCCCUUGGUGGUGCGCAAGGCCCCAUCGGAGCACCACCAGUCGUCGGCCGUGGGGGCCCAUGGCGCGCACCACCACCCCGCGCUGCACCCCUCCUCCCUGUCGGCCAGCAUGGGCUUCGCACCCCCCUCCUUCCGGCCGCCCUUCCCCCUGCCCCUCAUGGGCUACCCCUUCCAGGGUGCUCUGGGCGGUGGGGGGUACUCUGGGAAGGACCGCAGCUCGCCGGACUCCAUGGACCUCUCCCGCGAGACCACCAGCCUCAGGACCAAGAUGGCGUCGGGGGCGUCGUCGGGGGGACACCACCUGGGCGGUCACCUCGGGCGCUCGUGCUCGCCCACGCACGCGGGCAGCACGGCCGAGGGCCUCUCACUUGCACUCAUCAAGUCUGAGUGUGGAGACCUGCAGGACAUGGCCGACAUGUCGCCCUACUCCGGCAGCACAGUUUACAUCCAGGAGGGCCUGUCCCCCAACCACCUGAAGAAGGCCAAGCUCAUGUUCUUCUACUCUAGGUACCCCAGCUCCAACAUGCUCAAGAUGUUCUUCUCCGACGUCAAGUUCAACAGGUGCAUCACGUCGCAGCUCAUCAAGUGGUUCAGCAACUUCCGUGAGUUCUACUACAUCCAGAUGGAGAAGUUCGCCCGGCAGGCCAUCAACGAGGGAGUUACCGCCGCCGACGACAUCAACGUCAGCCGAGACUCGGAGCUAUUCAGGGCCCUCAAUAUGCACUACAACAAGGCCAAUGACUUUGAGGUUCCGGAGCGGUUUCUGGAGGUGGCUCAGAUCACAAUGCGCGAGUUUUUCAACGCCAUCGUGGCAGGCAAGGACGUUGACCCUUCCUGGAAGAAAGCCAUCUAUAAGGUCAUCUGCAAACUGGACUCCGAGGUGCCCGAGGUCUUCAAAUCGCCCAACUGCCUGCAGGAGCUACUCCACGAGUAAACAAACAACAAACAAACAAACAAUCAAAAGAGACAAUACCCUCUCACCCCAAACAUUACUCUUUUGCUCUUUCUUUUGUUUUGGACUUGCAUUGAAUUUUCCCUCCUUCUGGGAAUGUGUGAGGCAUGAGGUAGCAUUCCUGGUUUUCCUGAUUGGGAAUGUGUGAGGUAUGAGGUAGCAUUCCUGGUUUUCCUGAUUGGGAAUGUGUGAGGUAUGAGGUAGCAUUCCUGGUUUUCCUGAUUGGGAAUGUGUGAGGCAUGAGGUAGCAUUCCUGGUUUUCCUGAUUGGGAAUGUGUGAGGUAUGAGGUAGCAUUCCUGGUUUUCCUGAUUGGUGUUCUUUUGUUUUGUUUUGUUUUCGUUGUUGUUGUUGUUGUUGUUGUUUGUUUCCUCCUCUCGCUGGUUUUGCAUCUGAAGAGACUUUAACUGAGGAGUGUACUGCUGAGUUUCACAGAGAAAACACUACUGAAGCACACACACACUGGAGCACACACACACACACACACACACACACACACACUGGAGCACACACACACACACUGGAACACACACACUGGAACACACACACACACUGGAGCACACACACACACACACACACACUGGAGCACACACACACACACACACACACACACACAUACACACACUUGAAAGUAACGUUACUGAACUGAUUGGCUGGAUGGUUUGAGCAUCUCUCUUGUCUGGAGGGCAGGGCAUUUGUAGAGUCAGAAACGACUAUUACGUCUGAUACCAGAAUAAUGAUGUUGAUUCUUAUUCUUAUUAUUUUAUUCUUCUUCUUCUUAUUAUUAUUAUUAUUGUUAUUAUUAUUAUUAUUAUUAUUAUUAUUAUUAUUAUUAUUGUUAUUAUUAUUAUUAUUAUUGUUAUUGUUGCUGUUGUUACUGUUGCUUGGUUACGAGUGGCACUUGCGUUUGUCCCAUGAUGACGAAAAUGAAAAUAAAUUAUUAUUCCACCAAAAACCAACAAUAGAGAAUAAGACCACACACACACACACACACACACACACACACACACACACACACACACUACUGAAACCAUAGAGAAUAAGACUGUGAGGAACAGGACUACACACACACACACACAC